UUUUCAAAAUGGAAGAACUGACAAAGUUUUGGAGGGUAACACAAAUACAACAUCUAAUUACCUUUUGCAGACACCGAUAUUGACCGUCGAUGCACAUAAUCGAUCGAGGAUUUUUAAUCGGUCAUUCAUGCGUUUGCCAGAAGAAAAGUAGGCACGAUGAGUGUUUCUAUCGGAGACAAAAUUGAGGAUUUCAAGGUCCUUACCCUCCUUGGCAAAGGCUCUUUUGCAUGUGUAUACCGGGCAAAAUCAGUGAAGACUGGUCUGGAGGUUGCUAUAAAAACGAUUGACAAAAAGGCAAUGCACAAAGCUGGUAUGGUCCAGCGCGUGACAAACGAGGUGGAGAUUCAGUGCCGACUGAAACAUCCUUCAAUACUUGAGCUGUACAACUACUUUGAGGACAGUAACUAUGUAUACUUGGUGUUGGAGAUGUGCCACAAUGGAGAAAUGAGUCGGUACCUCAAAGAACGGAAGAUGCCUUUCACUGAAGAUGAAGCAAGACAUUUCAUGCAUCAAAUAGUGAAAGGGAUGCUGUAUCUUCACACCCACGGCAUCUUGCAUCGAGAUCUGACCUUGUCAAACCUUCUGCUGACGAGCAACAUGAACAUAAAGAUCGCAGACUUUGGCCUGGCCACUCAGCUCAAACUCCCAAAUGAAAAGCACUUCACCAUGUGCGGGACACCCAACUACAUCUCCCCUGAGGUGGCCACACGAAGUGCCCACGGCCUAGAAUCAGACGUGUGGUCACUUGGAUGCAUGUUCUACGCCUUCCUGAUGGGUCGCCCUCCUUUUGAUACAGACACAGUCAAACACACGCUAUCCAAAGUGGUUCUAGGGGAGUAUGAAAUGCCCAGUCAUGUUUCUCUUGAGGCUCAGGAUCUCAUCCAUCAGCUGCUGCAGAAGGACCCCACCCAGCGGCCCAGCCUCUCUGCAGUGCUAGAUCACCCAUUUAUGACCCAGAGCCUGCUGGGCAGAACCAAGGAGCUUGGCCACGGGGAUGAAGGAUCCAUAGACAGUGGCAUCGCCACCAUCUCCACAGCCUGCACCUCGUCCACCUCAGCCAGCAGCAACAGCCGGCUCCAGAGGAGAACCAGGCACAUGAUUGGCUCCGCGCUGCCUAACCGUAUGACACCUAUAUCAAGUCUUCCCCGGCAACCAAUCAGGAACUUUUUUGAGGAAGGAGACCAGUGGCAGCAGCAGCAGUUGGGAGACAGAUUUCACAGAGAGGGCAGGAGCAGGGGGGGUCAUGGAGGUGAAACAGGACAGCCUCAUUCUCGCUACCUGAGGAGAGCUCACUCCUCUGAUCGCUCCAGCUCUUCAGCUUCAGGUCACGGGUCAGGUCAAGCUGAGCUGGGGCGAUGCCACUCAGAGGAGAUGCUGAGUGGAUUAGGAGGACCAGUGUUUCCCAUGUCAUCCAGUCAGCACCCUUUUUCAGAGCGGGGAAGGCUCCCAUCUCCUCCUGUAAAACAGUCAGCAAAUGCUGGGUAUUCAUUAUCCACGCAGACUGCACAUCCACCAAGCUUUCAGUUUCAAGAUCUAGAGGGGGUUACAAACUGGCUUAAUAAUGAGGGCUCUGGACACAGGCCCGCAGACAGCAGUGUUCACAGCAACAGCAGCAGCUUCCACAGCAGCAGAGGACCCCUAGGUGUACACAACUCCUGGUCAGACAAGCCCACGGACCGAGGUGCAAACCUUCAGCACAACCAGCAUCACAUGCAUCACAACCUCCCUUCCAACUCUGAAUCGUACAGAGAAAACGUCCCCGAUACAGAGUUUCAACCUCCUCAUGGCAGAGAGUUGAAACUCCCUUCAGUCAAGCCAAGCGUGGAUAAAGUGAAGAAAACGUUAAGAGACAUUGUCCCGCCUCUGUGUGCAGCCAGACUGAAGCCCAUCAGACAGAAGACUAAAAAUGCUGUGGUGAGCAUUCUGGACACUGGUGAAGUGUGUAUGGAGCUGCUGAAAUGCCAGAGUGGUCAAGAAAGGGUCAAAGAAGUUCUCCGGAUUUCCUGUGAUGGCUCAAUGGUGACGAUAUACCAGCCGAAUGGUGGGAAAGGUUUUCCUGUCCUGGACUGCCCUCCUGCUCCUCCUGAGGAUAUUCUCAUUUGCAGCUAUGAGGACCUUCCAGAGAAAUACUGGAAGAAGUAUCAAUACGCCUCCAAGUUUGUGCAGCUGGUGAAAUCCAAGACCCCAAAAGUGACACUUUACACCAAGUAUGCAAAGGUGAUGCUGAUGGAAAACUGCCCCAAUGCAGACCUGGAGGUUUGCUUCUAUGAUGGCGCAAAGACCCAUAAGACGUCAGAGCUGCUGCGAGUGGUGGAGAAGAGCGGGAAGUCGUACACAGUGAAGGGCGAGGUCGGGCUGAGCGGCCUUAGUCCAGAGAGCCAGCUGUAUGUGGAGUUGUCUGACGAGGGCCAUAGCAUGUGUCUGGCUCUGGAGGCCGCCAUCGCUGCAGAGGAGCAACGCAGCACCAAAAAUGUCCCGUUCUUCCCUAUUACCAUCGGCAGGAGACCGGUUAACCCUAACUCUCCACAGUCAUCAUCUCUGCCCACCCACACAGUGCCUCCUGAUGCAGCUUCACCUCCUCAACCUCCACAAAUCACUCCUUCAAUGAUCUCCUAUGAUGGCUCUGAUUUCACCACAGCCAGCCUGAGUAAGAAAAGCUCCCCAGUGCGGCAGGAGCUGGUGCAAAGCACAGGAAAAGUGGUCAAGUCAAUAUUUGUGCCCAAUGUUGGAUGGGCAUCCCAGCUGACAAGUGGAGAGGUGUGGGUACAAUUCAACGAUGGGUCUCAGCUGGUGGUUCAGGCAGGAGUUUCCUGCAUCACAUACACAUCUUCAGAGGGAAAGAUCACCAGGUAUAAGGAGAACGAGAAGUUGCCAGAACAUGUCAAAGAGAAGCUUCACUGUCUCUCCACCAUCCUCGGGCUGUUGGCCAACCCAACAGCACAUCACCUGCAGCCUCACUGACACUUGGUGGUUAAAAACCUUCCUAACAGAAAGUAGCAUUAGAAAUCUGUUGUCUGGUGUUCUUGUAAAUAUAUGUGUUUUUUUACAUGUACAGAAGACUAAGAUUAUGAAAAGAUAUAUUUUUAUUUCAAAAGAUUUUGUAAAAAGUCUCAAAAUGUCUGUGUUGGAAACAUUUGUAUCAUGACCUCUGUCUUUUUAGGUUUCUCUAUGAAAUGUGUGAGACUGAGACAAUAAAGAGGUGGAGGCCGGGUGAAGAA